AUGUUCAAGAAGCUCUUGGUUUUCGACGUAUCGUUCAACGAGAUCCAUUCCGCUCAGGGGUUGUCGAAGGUCUCUUCUACGCUGAGAGAGCUCUACGUCUCCAAAAAUGAAGUUCCUAAGAUGGAGGAGAUUGAUCAUCUCUUUCAAUUGCGAAUUCUUGAACUUGGUUCUAACCGACUCAGGGUAAUGGAGAACCUGGAAAACCUGAAAAACUUGGAGGAGUUAUGGCUUGGAAGGAAUCGUAUCAAACAGGUUAACCUUUGUGGGUUGAAAUGCAUCAAGAAGAUCAGUUUGCAGAGCAAUCGGUUGACUACCAUGACGGGUUUUGAGGACUGUGUUGCUUUAGAGGAACUGUACUUGAGCCAUAAUGGUAUUGAGAAAAUGGAAGGCCUAUCAACCUUGGUUAACCUCCGUGUGCUUGAUGUAUCAUCUAACAAGCUCACUUCUGUCGAUGACAUUCAGGGUCUGCCAAAGCUAGAAGAUCUAUGGCUCAAUGACAACAGAAUAGAGUCUCUUGGAAGCAUUUCUGAUGCUGUUGCUGGCUCCAGAGAAAAAAUGACCACAAUCUACCUGGCAAACAAUCCAUGUGCAAACUCUCCUGACUACUGUUCUACAUUGAAGCAGAUCUUUCCAAACAUUCUGCAAAUUGACUCCAAUGUGUACGGUUAAUCAGCGGCUAGUCAAAAAACGGAUUUUCCAGUGAGAGUCGUAAGUUAUGCGUAUGGGCUAUGGAUGGCGCAGUCCCUUAUUAGGAACCCACAAAUCGCCAUGUUAGCUGGCUUUGCAGGUUGUCUGACCUCCCAGUUUUUUGUUGGUAGGAAACAGUAGCUGAUAUUGUUAGAAGGAGCUAGCUGCAUGAGAUAAUUCCGGGUUUAGAUUAUAUAUUCGUCUCUGAUUCUAGUUAUCUUUUUUGCUUCCAUGUUCUGCUCUCUGUUCGAUGUUUUCUUGGUUGUCCUUCCCGCCCAAGAGGUCGAAGUUUGAGAUGCAUGAAUUCCGUAGCCACUGAACUUAAAAACCCUUUCACUGUUAACGGGUUUGUGCAAUGCUUUCGGACGCAUGGUGGAGUAGUUUAAAGGUAUUAGGGUUGGUUUGGUUUUUAUGAUUGUUUGGUUGAGAUAGUUACAAUGCAUUGUUUUUUUUUUUAAUUUUUAGCACAAACAAUACAUGCUUGAUGUGAUGGAAACUAUCAUUCAAAAUGAGUGAUAGUAAUAUCUCUAGGUUAAAGACACAUUUGGUCACUGGAUUUAUUAAAAUGUGU